UUUUAGGUUACAGGUUACAGAUUACAUUUCAAUCACGCCGACAAUAGUUUAUUAAAGUCUGAAAUUGACGAAAAUGGCUGAGGCAAUGCGUCAAACCGUAGCUGGAAUGCUCAAAGGCAUCGAAAGGUACAAUCCAGAUAACCUCACAACCUUAGAGAAAUAUGUGGAAAUACAAUCGAGAGAGAAUGCUUAUGACUUGGAGGCAAACUUAGCUGUUUUGAAGCUCUAUCAAUUAAAUCCGCACCGAUUUAAUAUGGAUAUUACAUGUCAGAUACUACUGAAGGCUUUAACCAAUCUUCCACAUACUGACUUUGUGUUAUGCAAAUGUUUACUCAGCGAAAAAUUAAUGUCAGAAAGCCCAAUUAGUCAAAUCAUGUAUCUGGGAGACAUCUUGGAGCGAUGUGAUUUUCAGCAUUUUUGGGACAGAGUAUUAUCCAUGUCAGAACUUUGCGAUAGAAUUGUAGGCUUUCAGGAUUCAAUAAGAAAAUUUGUGUGUCACGUAGUCGGUAUUACGUUUCAAACAAUAGAUAAAGGAUUGCUGGCACAAUUGCUUGGUGGUGUAGAUGAUGCAACAUUAAAGCACUGGGUAAAAAAGUAUGGCUGGAAGGAAGAGAGCAAAUCAAUCAUUUUCAUUGCAAACCAAGAUGAAAAUAUCAAGACCAAAAAUAUUACUGAAAAAAUUGAUUUCGAAAAUGUGGCAGGUUUGAUGGCUGCUUGUUUAUAAAGACAGGAACUAUUUUCUAAUAAAUUAUUCCUUGAAAGA